AUGGUUAGAAAGAAUCCAGAUACUAAAUUCAAACGAAAAAGAUCUGGGUGUUUAACAUGUAGAGAUAGACAUAUAAAAUGUGAUGAACAGAAGCCAGUUUGUAAUAAUUGCAUCAGAUCAAAUAGAAAAUGUUUAAGUGGAAUUAGAUUAAAUUUUACACAAUACACUUUUGCAAAUCCAUUGAAUGAUAUACCGAAUAAAAUUUUGAAAGAAUUAAAAUCAAAUUCAAAUUUGGAAAAAUUUAGAUUUUUGGAUCAUUCAAUAACGGUUGCAUCUAUAUACAAUGGAAAAGAUAAAUACAAUUCAUAUUUACAUCUACAUUCAUCCGAAGAAUUGAAGGAGUCAGACAUGCAAUUUGAAAAUGAUACUUAUUAUUCUCAAACUUUGAAUCAACAAUUACAAAAAACAUCAACAAAAUUUAUAAUGUCACAAUCUGAAUUUCAUCAAAAUCCUAUUAAUUCAGAUCUACGGUCUCAGAUAGUAGGUGGUAGUCAUCACUCAAACAUGCCCUUCAAUAAUAUACAACCUGAUGCUGAUUCAAAUCAAUAUGAAUUUUUCAACUACAUGGGCUUUUUGCAACCAAAUUAUAUAAAUCAACAACAUUCGCACUUUUUGCAACCACAACAACACAUAACUUCAUCAUCAAAUGAUCAAUCUCAAUUACAAGCACAAGUUCAUCAACAACAAAAUUUUUUGAAUUUUCACCAAAAUAACUCAUCAAUUUUUCAACAAUUGAGAUUUAGUCCGCCUAUUCAAAACCUUCACAAUUUACAGCAACAACAACAACAACAGCAUCAACUACAACCUUAUCAUGAAUUUCAUCAACAACAGCAUAUGAUUAAUCCACCCAAACAGACCGGUUCAACAAGUCAACUUUAUACAUCUAAUCAACUCAAUCUGGACACAUUUCCAUCUACCACAUUAUCUCAAAUUCCCACUUCAAAUGAUUUACAAAUGCUUAUAAAUUCAUUGGAACAAGAAGAAAUUUAUUGGUUUUUGGAUUUAUUCAACGAUCAAAGAGUAUUUCAAAAUCUUAUACCUACAAUUUGUUUUAAGAAUUCAAUUCACCAAAAUUUAUUGAUACCAAGUUUGAUGAGUUGUUCAAAAUUUAAAGAUAUUAAUUUGUUGGCAUUAACUAAUUUACAAACUACUCAUUGGAAUCAAAUUCCGAAAUCAGACUUUAAACAAGUAGAGUCAAAUUUAGAUUUGUUUCAAAAUUUAACUAUUAGUAUAGUUUUGAUAUUGUUUGGGAUUUAUAUAAAAUACAACAAAUUCAUAGUCAAAGGUCACUUAAGAUUUGUUUUACAUUCUCAACUUAAUUUAUUUGAAUUAAUUUUGGACAAACUUGAACACCAUUUGAAUUCAUAUAGUUCAUUCGAUUUAUUAUCAAAUGAAUUCAAAGUGAUCAUUCAAUCUGUUACAAUUUUAAAAUUUUUCAUGAAUAAAUCAUUCGAUUUUGCAUUUGAAGAAGAUAGACAACAAAAAUUAGGACUACAACAACAACAAUUUCCACACUUACAAAAUGAUCAACUCGAUUUAUCAAACUUUAAUAUUUUAAAUAAAUAUGAAACAACAUUAUUAAAUGUUUCAUAUUAUGAAAGUAAUAAUCUAUACUCCAUGGAAUCACAAAAAUUAAAACAUUUAACAUGGCAUUUAAUUAAAUUAGAUUGUAUAAAGACUAAUCCAAUAAAUCAAAUUUUUACAAAUAUGAACACUUAUCCAAUUGAUAAAUCAUUACCUAAUCUUGAAAAUUUACAACAAUAUCAAUUAAAAUCACAACCACAAAUAAUUAUAAGAACAAUUUUACAAAAUUUUUAUUUAAAAUUAAUUAAUAUUAAUAAUACUCAAAAUUUACAAUUUAUACAACAUUUAAAUUUAAAAUUAAAUUGGUUUUUUAAUAAUUUAAAUCAAUUUUAUGAUAAUAAUGAAAUUAACGAAGAUGAUGAUGGGAAUAAUAAUGAAAUUAUGAUUUUUUAUUGGCAUAAAUUUUUUGAAUGGACUGAAAGAUAUAUUAGUUCUUAG